GUUGCAGGGACAAACAUCUGUACCUCAAGAGGAGUGAGCUCCUGCCAGCAGUGUCUGGCUGUGAGUCCUGUGUGUGCCUGGUGCUCUGAUGAGGCCCUGCCUCAGGGCUCUCCUCGCUGUAACCUCAAGGAUAAUCUGCUGAGGGAUAAUUGUGCUCCAGAGUCCAUCGAGUUCCCGGUCAGCGAGGCCCAAAUCUUGGAGGCUAGACCCCUCAGCGACAAGGGUUCUGGAGACAGCUCCCAAGUGACUCAAGUCAGUCCUCAGAGGAUUGCACUCCGGCUUCGGCCAGAUGAUUCCAAGAUUUUCUCCAUCCAAGUGCGGCAGGUAGAAGAUUACCCUGUAGACAUCUAUUACUUGAUGGAUCUGUCUUACUCCAUGAAUGAUGAUCUUUCGAGCAUCCGUAAUCUGGGUACAAAGUUGGCCUCCCAGAUGCGCUCACUCACUAGCAACCUGCGGAUUGGCUUUGGGGCCUUUGUGGACAAGCCUGUAUCACCAUAUAUGUACAUCUCUCCAGCAGAGGCCCUCAAAAAUCCCUGUUACGAUUUGAAGACUACCUGUUUGCCCAUGUUUGGCUACAAACACGUGCUGACACUGACCGACCAGGUGACCCGCUUCAAUGAGGAAGUCAAGAAGCAGAGGGUGUCACGGAACCGAGAUGCCCCAGAGGGUGGCUUUGAUGCCAUCAUGCAGGCUACAGUGUGUGAUGAAAAAAUUGGCUGGAGGAACGAUGCAUCCCACUUGCUGGUAUUUACCACAGAUGCCAAGACCCAUAUAGCACUGGAUGGAAGGCUGGCUGGCAUUGUCCAGCCCAACGAUGGGCAGUGUCACAUUGGCAAUGACAAUCAUUACUCUGCUUCUACUACCAUGGAUUAUCCCUCUCUGGGGCUGAUGACUGAAAAGCUAUCCCAGAAGAAUAUCAACUUGAUCUUUGCAGUAACUAAAAAUGUAGUCAAUCUAUACCAGAACUACAGUGAACUCAUCCCAGGGACCACAGUGGGGGUUCUGUCUGCUGAUUCCAGCAAUGUUCUCCAGCUCAUUGUUGAUGCAUAUAGUAAAAUCCGUUCGAAAGUUGAACUGGAAGUGCGUGACCUCCCUGAGGAGUUGUCUCUAUCCUUCAAUGCUACCUGCCUGAACAACGAGGUCAUUCCAGGCCUCAAGUCCUGUGUGGGGCUCAAGAUUGGAGACACGGUGAGCUUCAGCAUCGAAGCCAAGGUGCGUGGCUGUCCCAAGGAGAAAGAGAAAGCCUUCACCAUCAAGCCUGUGGGCUUCAAGGACAGCCUCACAGUCCAGGUCACCUUUGACUGUGACUGUGCCUGCCAGGCCCAUGCCCAGCCCUUCAGCCAGCGCUGCAACCAUGGCAAUGGGACCUUCGAGUGUGGGGUGUGCCGCUGUGGGCCCGGUUGGCUGGGGUCCCAGUGUGAGUGUUCCGAGGAGGAUUACCGGCCCUCUCAGCAGGAUGAGUGCAGCCCCAAGGAGGGCCAGCCGGCCUGCAGCCAGCGAGGCGAGUGCCUCUGUGGCCAGUGUGUCUGCCACAGCAGUGACUUUGGCAAGAUCACCGGCAAGUACUGCGAGUGUGAUGACUUCUCCUGUGUUCGCUACAAGGGGGAGAUGUGCUCAGGUCAUGGCCAGUGCAACUGUGGGGACUGCCAGUGUGACUCUGACUGGACCGGCUUCUACUGCAACUGUACCACACGCACGGACACCUGCAUGUCCAGCAAUGGGCUGCUGUGUAGUGGCCGGGGCAAGUGUGAAUGCGGCAGCUGUGUGUGCAUCCAGCCAGGCUCCUAUGGAGAUACCUGUGAGAAGUGCCCCACCUGCCCAGAUGCCUGCACUUUUAAGAAGGAAUGUGUGGAGUGUAAGAAAUUUGACCGGGGAGUCCUGCAGGAGGAAAACACCUGUAACCGUUAUUGCCGUGAUGAGAUUGAGUCUGUGAAGGAGCUUACUGAUACUGGCAAGGAUGCAGUGAACUGUACCUAUAAGAAUGAAGAUGACUGUGUUGUCAGAUUCCAGUACUAUGAAGAUGCCAGUGGAAAGUCCAUCCUGUAUGUGGUCGAGGAGCCAGAGUGUCCCAAGGGUCCUGACAUCCUGGUGGUCCUGCUGUCUGUGAUGGGGGCCAUUCUGCUCAUCGGUCUUGCUACCCUGCUCAUUUGGAAGCUCCUCAUCACCAUCCAUGACCGGAAAGAGUUUGCUAAAUUUGAGGAAGAACGAGCCAGAGCAAAAUGGGACACGGCCAACAACCCACUGUAUAAAGAAGCCACUUCCACUUUCACCAACAUCACCUAUCGGGGCGCUUAAAGACAAGAGGUCAUCCUCAGAUCAUUGUCACACUGUGCUAGGAUUGUGGGAGUCUCUGCCAUCAUGUUUACAGAGGACAGUGUUUGUGGAGUGGGAUUUGGAGUGGGUGGGCUGGGAGAAUGUCAGUUUGUGUGUGUGUGUGUGUGUGUGUGUGUGUGUGUGUGUGCACUGUGCAUGGAAAAAUGUGUAAUUUAAACCUUGUGAUGUGUCCAUUGGCAGAGCUCUCUUCCCUUGGUCCUGAGAAUGCCUCCUUCAGGGAUUCUUCCUGCUUAGCUUGAGGGAAACCUAUGGAGCUGAGUAGGUCUUGAUUACCUCAGUGAGAAGUCAGCUUUCCUUGUCAGAAGAGCAGGGCUGAGGUCUCUCAUGCCAGAGGAAGGAGUGCUGAAUCUUGGCUCUAUCCUGAGUUUAUCACUUCAUGGUUCAUAUGCCUGUCUCUCAGUGGCUAAUAGCUAUGGUAGAAACUUCUGGGCUUUGCAGCCCAGUUGUGUUGUUACCUGUGUCUCUAUCUUCUUCCCUUUUCUCAGGCUGCAGGGGGAGAGAGGAGAGAUCUGAGCCCUCAGAGCUGUCUGUGUCUAUAACCAUCACCUCAGUUCAACAAUCAUGAGAGUUCUCACCUCAUGAAAGUCCUUGUCACUGAAUUCUUUAUCUAUUGAAAGAGGGUGGCAGUGCUCCUCAGGGGUGAAGGAUGGCCCCCAACCAGUUCCUGAUCACAACCCCUCAGAUUUGCCUCAUUGGCAGCUCUACUCUGGAGGUUGGUUUAGAACUAUCAUCAUCCUUAACUCAGAACCAUCGCUUACCUCCUCCUCUCAUGCCCUCACUUGUUGCAGACAUUUGACAUGCACUGGGGAUUUCUCUCAUGACCAAAUGUCUUUCUCCAAGGGAGGGUACAGUGGUUUAGAGUCAGAGGCCUGGCCCUACCCUCUUUUGCCCUUGUCACAGGCAACCCCAGUCACAUAACCCUGUGCCUCUAGGAGUUCUAUCCACCCACAGGAAUAAUUGCAUUUACCUACCUCUUGGGUAUCUUGUGAAGGAGACAUUCCCAUACGUAUGCUGAGUGGAAGUGCCAGGAUGGGAUGAUGGCCAGUGGGACCAGCAUAUGUGGCCUGUUCUCCGAAGGGCUAAAAAACCUCACUUUAACUCAGUCUUUAAUCUUGGAGGCUACAAGUGAAAUUUUAUUUGAUUUUUCUCUUUAGGCUUGCUUCACUGA